GCCCGCGGGGCCGCGCGCAGGCGCAGGGCGGGAGCGGGGCCGCGGCUCUCUCUUUCUCCAUAAGUAGCUGAAGCACACAGAUCCCCCAUCAUGGAUUUCCAGCACCGUCCUGGAGGUAAAACUGGGAGUGGGGGGGUAGCCUCAGCCUCGGAAAGUAACCGGGACCGCAGGGAGAGGCUGCGGCAGCUGGCGCUGGAAACCAUCGACAUCAACAAGGACCCUUAUUUUAUGAAGAAUCACUUGGGCUCCUAUGAGUGCAAGCUCUGCCUGACCCUGCACAACAAUGAGGGAAGUUACUUAGCACAUACCCAAGGGAAGAAGCAUCAGACCAAUUUGGCCCGUCGAGCUGCCAAGGAAGCCAAGGAGGCCCCUGCCCAGCCAGCACCAGAGAAAGUCAAAGUGGAAGUGAAGAAAUUUGUGAAAAUUGGACGACCAGGUUAUAAAGUGACCAAACAGAGAGAUCCAGAAACAGGCCAGCAGAGCCUUCUCUUCCAGAUUGAUUACCCUGAGAUUGCAGAGAGCAUCAUGCCCCGCCACCGGUUCAUGUCGGCGUACGAGCAGAGGAUCGAGCCCCCGGACAGACGGUGGCAGUACCUGCUGAUGGCAGCUGAGCCCUAUGAGACCAUAGCUUUCAAGGUGCCAAGCAGAGAAAUCGACAAGGCAGAAGGGAAGUUUUGGACCCACUGGAACAGGGAAACCAAACAGUUCUUCCUUCAAUUCCACUUCAAGAUGGAGAAGCCCCCAGCUCCCCCAAACCUCCCUCCAGGGCCCCCGACGGUGAAGCGGCCGCCCCCCCCGCCGCUGAUGAACGGGCUGCCCCCCCGGCCCCCCCUGCCGGACACUCUGCCACCACCCCCACCCGGGGGCAUGGCCCUGCCUCCCAUGCCUCCCUCUGGACCGGUGCCACCACCCCCGGUGCCACCACAGCUGCCACCAGCACCCGGUGUCCCCCCUCCUGCUCCUCUGCCACCCAUGAUGAGGCCACCUCUCCCUACGGAGGGGCCAGGCACUAUCCCACCUCCACCUCCCUCCAACUGAAGCCCCUCCUGGACUCUGUCCUGCUGGACUCCUUUAGCUCCAUUCUUUUUAUAUUCAGAUCACAACUGAUCCAGAGCAAUAGUUCUGUUUUGUACACCUGUGAAUUUGCCUAAAUCCUGUAGGUUCAUUAAAAGGUUUUUAGUUUUCCUUC